AAAUCGAUCUUAUGUGGAAGGCAGUGAUUGCUGACAGGCGCCAAAGCGUAUACGGGAAUUACUAUAUGAAAGUAAAGAAUUUCUAUCGAUUCUAAAGACACCAAAAGAAACAGAUAUGCGCAAACACUCUUCUUAUUUGAAAUUCGUUAGUCUGUCGUGUUUAGUGAUGUUUACUUUAUUGUAUUUAACAAUGGAUAAUGAAAAUAUUCAUGUUUAUUAUGAGGGAACAGGGGACAGGCUUACUCUACUAGAACCCAUGUACGAUAUAAACCAGGAGAGCAAAACAGGGAUUAGAAUCAUAAAAACUAAAACCAAAUACCCAGUCGGCAUGUACGCACCCUAUCUCAUUAAUAACAGAAACCUGUGUCGACAGUAUGAUAAGAUCUCAGCACUGGUGAUGGUGCAUACUUCUGUUGGGAACUUCUGGAGAAGGAAAGAGAUGCGAAGGACGUGGCUUAAUAUCUCCCACUAUAGUCCGGAAAACUUGAGAGUGAUAUUCUUAGUUGGCACAACAAGUAUUAAAACAAUCCAGAAGAAGUUGGAAAAAGAGAAUUCUCUUUAUAAUGAUAUAAUUCAAGGUGAAUUUGUGGACUCUUACAGAAACCUCACCAACAAGGGUGUGAUGGGAUACAGGUGGAUUACAGAAAACUGCAUGAAUGCAGAAAUUGUGAUAAAAAUAGAUGAUGAUUCAUUUAUUAAUUUUUUCAAGUUUUUUGAAGAUUUUUCGUUUUUGAAAGAACGAAAACGUUCCAUUUUCUGCAAUAAAAUCAAUCCCAAUUCAAUGCCAAUUAUCCGAAAAAAUUCGAGCAAGUGGUUUGUGAGCGACAUAUUUUACAAAGCUCAAAACACGUAUCCACACACAUAUUGCAGUGGAUUUGUGGUGUUUAUAUCAACAGACCUGAUUCCAGCUCUGUAUCAGGCGGUGUUCACUGCACCAUUCUUUUGGGUGGAUGAUUUCUAUUUAUUUGGCUUGCUUCCAAGUCGUGUGAAGAAUGUGGUUCACGAGAAUUUCGGAGGAAACUUAACCUUUAUGCAUCCGGAGGGUCUAAAAUGUUACAAAGAAUUGAGGAGGGAAUGUAAAUAUCUAGUGAUGCCGGCUAGGGAUAAAGAAAUCGAUCUCAUGUGGAAGGCAGUGAUUGCUGACAGGCGUCAAAGCGUAUACGGGAAUUACUAUAUGAAAGUAAAGAGUUUCUAUCGGUAAAAUUGAUUUCUUUCCAUAUAUUUUUUUCAAACAGGUGCUCUCUUUUGUACGUUCAUUAAUGAGCAAAAGAAAAUCAGUAUAUACUUGUUCGUUUAAGAUCAAUAUCGUGUAAACAUGCUCAUAAAUGACGGAUUUUUAUUUAUUGAAAAAUAAUUAUACUAUUAAUUGAUUCCAUUAUAGCAUGCUAUCAAUGUACAA